ACAAACUCUCUUCUGACAAUUUAUUAGCUCCACCGGUGGAUUUGGAGACUGCGUUGAAGGAAUGCUCGGACGCCCUUGAUCUCUUUCUGAACAACAGGUUCACAGAUGCCUUAGCUCUUUUAGAAGCCUGGAAGAGCCAGAGCAUGUACCACGCGAUGGGCUACAGCAGCAUUCUCGUGAUGCAGGCGGCCAUGACUUUUGAUCCGAAGGACAUGAACGCUGCUAUGGAGUCACUGAGCGACGCCCUGCUGACGUGCCAGAAGUUUAGGAAAAAAACGGGAGUAAUGGAGACUCUAGCCAAUCUGUGGUACAGACAAUCACCUGAAAGCCUAACAGAAGAGGAGAUGCACGCCGAGCUCUGUUACGCCGAAGUGCUGCUGCAGAAGGCGGCGCUCACGUUGCUCGACGAGAGCAUCAUCGGUUUCAUCAAGGGAGGCAUGAGGAUCCGAAACAGCUAUCAGAUUUUCAAGGAGUGUCAGGCCAUGGAACACGGCAAUAGCGAAAUGGAGAAGAAGAGCACGUACAGUCACUUUAAGGGCGGUGUCAGCAUGGGCAUUGGAUCUUUUAAUCUGAUGCUAUCGCUCCUACCAGGUAGAAUCCUCAAACUGAUGGAGUUUUUGGGUUUCUCAGGGGAUAGGGGGAUGGGUUUGUCCGAGUUGCGAGCGGGCGCAUCCAGCAAUAGUCUGCGCUCUAUUCUCAGCACAUUGACUCUGCUCAUGUUUCACCUCUACAUUUCAGUCAUUCUGGGUUCCGGCGACGUGGACCUGAGUGAGGCUGAGGCGCUGCUGGAGCCUUACGCUAAAAGGUUCCCAAAUGGAGCCCUCAUGCUUUUCUAUGUUGCAAGAAUUGCCUUGCUCAAAGGAAACAUCACAUUUGCUCAGGAAAAGUUCCACGCGUGCAUUGCCGCUCAGCAGGAGUGGCGCCAGAUUCACCACCUGUGCUACUGGGAGCUCAUGUGGGCCUGCUCCUUUGAACAGAACUGGCGGGAAGCGUACCAUUACGCUGAUCUCCUCUGCAAGGAGAGCAAGUGGUCACAGGCCAUCUAUGUGUUCCAAAAGGCUUCCAUACUGAGCAUGCUCCCCGAGGAGGAAGUCAAGAAACUUGGUGAAAACGUGGUGGACUUAUACAGGGAGGUGGACGGUCUGAGGUUGAGGAUGGCCGGAAAGUCCAUCCCCACGGAGAAGUUUGCGGCCAAGAAGGCUGAGCGCUACGCCUCCUCCGAGCCCGUCAAACUGGUCGUCCCAGCCCUGGAGAUGAUGUACGUGUGGAACGGCUUCACCAUCGUAGGCAAAAGAGCCGACUUGACUGAAAACAUCCUGGCUACGUUGGAGAAAACAGAGGAGGAGCUCAAGUAUAAUUCAAACAUGUCCGACUACCACCUGGAUGACCAGUGUGUAGUUCAGCUGCUCAAGGGCUUGUGUCUGAGGCAGUUGGGGCAGCUCGACCAGGCGGAGGUCUGUUUCAACCGAGUCUUAUCCAGCGAAAGCGACCUGACGCACGACAACUACCUGGUGCCGUUCACCAUGUACGAAAUGGGCCUGCUGCACAAGCAGAGGGGCAACAUCGAAAAGGCCAUCUUUGUAAUGGAAAGCGCCAUGAUGGACUACAAAGACUACAGCAUGGAGUCGCGGCUACACUUCCGCAUCCACGCCGUGCUCAACAGCAUGGGCUCCUCGUCGGCCAAGAUGCCGCCUUCGCGUACGCUGGCGUGAACGCUCCCUUGACUGCAUUUUCUAUUCUUGGAUCGUCAUACUCCUCCAUGCUGCCUCAUGACUCUGAUCGGCCCUCGACGGCAUCCUAUUAACGCAACAUUGUACUGUAAAUGCGUCACACUGAGGCUUCUGCAAUAUUGUAUUAACACCACAACUUUUUAA